GGAGGAGCGCACAUCUGCACUUCACAGCGAGGCGUGGUUAAGCAGAGCGGACAGGUGCGACAGUUAGUGCAGCUGCAGGAUACUUCAACAAACUUCUCUCCUUUACGCACACACACACAACAGCAGCAACAAUGCCCAAGUGCCCAAAGUGCCAGAAGGAAGUUUACUUCGCUGAGAGGGUGACAUCCCUGGGAAAGGACUGGCACAGGCCCUGCCUGAAGUGCGAGAAGUGCAACAAGACGCUGUCAGCCGGCUCACAUGCUGAGCAUGAAGGCAAGCCUUACUGUCACAACCCCUGCUACGGUGCGAUGUUUGGACCUAAAGGGUUUGGACGCGGUGGAACCGAGAGCCACACCUUUAAAUAGACGAGUAAAAAUGUUUCCCUGGAAGCUAGAUGGAGGAAGGCAGCACGCUCGGACAUCGUGUUAAAGACGAAACAGACGUCGGAGGAAAUAAUGUCGUGUGCAUAUGCUGUUGUUUUAUGGGUUUUCUGAUUUUUGUAUUUCCACAAUGUCCAAUGAAGCGCUUGAUAUUCUGUUUUUAAGGUGGACAGACUAAUUAAACACCUUGUAAAAUUGUAAAA